AUGGAAAAACAUUACGUGAUGAACAUAGUCAUUUUCCAGUGUCCAUACGUUUCUGUCUGUCGUAAAGUUUGCAACGCAGCGCUCGAGGUAUACGUGCGGCGUGCGUAUACGUCUUACGACAUCACCUGCCUUCAGCAUCUGGCGCUCUCGGGGGAGCUGGGCGUGGUGCAUUUCCAAUUCAUUCUUCCCACUGGCCAUCCCAACAGGAUCCCGAUAAGUCAGUCGGAGAUCGAGCUGUCCGCCGCUCAGGACCAAGAGGGAAUCCCCGCCGAGCUUUCUGCCGCCGCCAUGAGGAAGUGCCACCACAGGACCGGCGCUCUCGCCUCCUUCCAGUCCUUCGACCAGUUCGUCCAGUACGCGGACGAGCUCCUCGACCUGGUUCACGACUUCGCCAGCUCGGCCACUGUCAGGCGCGAGGACCUGCAAGCGCUGCAAGAAGGCAGCGAGAGCCGUGAAAGCACCAGUAUCAACGUUGGCUUCGAUUACAAACAGCCAGACGCCGAGGAUGUGCCUUUGGAGCCGAUCCACAUCCUGAUGAUCGGGGUGCGGGACAGCGGCGAGAGCGACGACAGCGCGGUGUCGCGCCGCUUCGGCAGCUUCUGCCGCGCGCACAGGCACGAGCUGCACGCGAAGCGCAUCCGCCGGAUCACCUUCAUGCUGCUCAUCAAGCGCCAGUUCCCCAAGUUCUUCACGUAUCGCGCGCGCAACGACUUCACCGAGGACACGAUCUACCGCCACCUGGAGCCGGCUUCCGCCUUCCAGUUGGAGCUGUACCGGAUGCGCAGCUACGACCUGGAGGCGUUGCCCACCAGCAACCAGAAGAUGCACCUCUACUUGGGCAAGGCCAAGGUGAAGAAGGGACAAGAAGUGACCGACUACAGGUUCUUCAUCCGCUCCAUCAUCAGGCAUCAGGACCUCAUCACGAAGGAGGCCAGUUUCGAGUACCUGCAGAAUGAAGGGGAGAGGGUGCUGCUCGAAGCCAUGGACGAGCUGGAGGUGGCUUUCUCGCAUCAGCUGGCCAAGAGGACGGACUGCAACCACAUCUUCCUCAAUUUCGGUCCCACAGUUAUCAUGGACAUUGCCAAGAUCGAGGAGUCAGUUCUGGGGAUGGUGAUGCGCUACGGGCCCCGUCUGUGGAAGCUGAGGGUCUUGCAGGCGGAGAUACGUUUCACUCUGAGAAUAGGCCCUGGAGCACCAAUGAAAAACGUGAGAAUAUGCUUGUCCAACGGCUCUGGCUACUCUCUGGACAUUUACACGUACGAAGAGGUUUCAGAUCCUAGGACGGGAGUGAUAAUGUUCCAGUCCUUCGGGCCGAGGCAGGGUCCGAUGCACGGCUUGCCCAUUUCCACGCCCUACGUCACCAAGGACUAUCUGCAGCAGAAGAGGUUCUUGGCGACGUCGCAGGGCACGACAUACGUGUACGACAUCCCGGACAUGUUCCGCCAGUCGGUGGAGAGGCGCUGGCGGGAGUGCAUCGAGGAGGGCAGCGUGGACGGUCCGCCGCCGGACAACGUGAUGAGCAGCGUGGAGCUGGUGGUGGAGCCGGACGGCGAGAGGAAGGUGGUUGAGGUCACUCGACUCCCCGGACAGAACACCGUGGGCAUGGUGGCGUGGCGCCUGACCCUCUACACGCCGGAGUGCCCUCGGGGCCGCGACGUGGUGCUCAUCGCGAACGACCUCACGCACUACAUGGGGUCCUUCGGGCCCCACGAGGACUGGCUCUUCUACCGCGCGUCUCAGUACGCGCGCGACCUGCGCAUACCCAGGAUAUACGUGAGCGUGAAUUCUGGCGCACGUAUCGGCGUUGCCGAAGAAGUGAAGUCUGAAUUCAACGUUGCGUGGAUCGACUCUGAGCGACCAGAGCGCGGUUUCAAGUACCUCUACCUGACCCCCGAGGCGUACUCCCGGCUGGGGCCCCUCGGCUCGGUCAAGACUCAGCUGAUAGACGACGAGGGCGAAUCACGCUACAGGAUCACCGACAUUAUCGGCAAGGAGGACGGCUUGGGCGUGGAGUGCCUCCGCGACGCGGGCCUGAUAGCGGGCGAGACGGCGCAGGCGUACGAGGACGUGGUCACCAUCUCGAUCGUCACCUGCCGCGCCAUCGGCAUCGGCUCCUACGUGGUCAGGCUCGGCCACCGCGUGAUCCAGGUGGAGUCGUCGUACAUCAUCCUGACGGGCUACGCGGCGCUGAACAAGGUGCUCGGCCGGCCCGUCUACGCCAGCAACAACCAGCUGGGCGGCGUGCAGAUCAUGCACAACAACGGCGUCACCCACGCGGUGGCCCCGACGGACCUGGACGCGGUGCGCACCGCGCUGCGCUGGCUCUCCUACGUGCCCAAGGACAAGCUGAGCACGGUGCCGGUGAUGCGGUGCGCGGACCCGAUAGACCGGCCCGUGGAGUGGGUGCCGCCGCGCGCCGCGCACGACCCGCGCCUCAUGCUGACGGGCGACGCGCAGCGCGCGGGCUUCUUCGACGCGGGCUCCUUCGACGAGGUGAUGCGGCCCUGGGCGCAGACCGUCGUCGCAGGGCGCGCCCGGCUCGGCGGCAUCCCGGUGGGCGUGAUCGCCGUAGAGACGCGCACGGUGGAGCUCACGCUGCCCGCAGACCCCGCCAACCUGGACUCCGAGGCCAAGACCGUGCAGCAGGCGGGGCAGGUCUGGUUCCCGGACUCAGCGUACAAGACUGCGCAAGCCAUCAACGACUUCACCCGGGAGAACCUGCCCAUUAUAAUCUUCGCCAAUUGGCGAGGAUUCAGUGGUGGCCAGAAAGACAUGUACGAGCAGAUCCUGAAGUUCGGCGCGGAGAUAGUGCGCGCCCUGCGCGGCGCCACCGCGCCCGUGCUGGUGUACAUCCCGCCCGGCGCGGAGGUGCGCGGCGGCGCCUGGGCGGUCAUCGACCCCAGCGUCAACGCGCAGCGCAUGGAGAUGUACGCCGACCCAGAGGCCAGAUUCACGGUCAUCAUAUUAAACGUCGCCUGGGCGGUCAUCGACCCCGGCGUCAACGCGCAGCGCAUGGAGAUGUACGCCGACCCAGAGGCCAGAUUCACGGUCAUCAUAUUAAACGUCGCCUGGGCGGUCAUCGACCCCGGCGUCAACGCGCAGCGCAUGGAGAUGUACGCCGACCCAGAGGCCAGAUUCACGGUCAUCAUAUUAAACGUCGCCUGGGCGGUCAUCGACCCCGGCGUCAACGCGCAGCGCAUGGAGAUGUACGCCGACCCAGAGGCCAGGGGCGGUGUUCUGGAAGCCGAGGGAAUUGUCGAAGUGAAGUUCAAACAACGGGACAUACUGAAGACGAUGCACCGUCUCGACCCGGAGCUUCUGAGGCUAAAUGCAAGAAUCUCAGAAAUCAAAGAGCAGAUCAAGGAGAUAUCGAAAGGCUUCGAUAGGAGGGGCUCCAUCGACGAUGUGCUCAUCAGAACGGAUGCUGGCAAGCAAGCGGAAGGACGCGUUCGUGAACUAGAAACGGAGUUGGUAGCGGCCGAAAAGGCCGCCAAGUCAAGGGAGAAGGAGUUGAGUCCAAUCUAUCACGAAAUAGCGGUACAGUUUGCAGAGUUGCAUGACACCGCGGAGAGAAUGCUUGAAAAGGGUUGCAUAUUUGACAUCAUCCCGUGGCGGCACUCGAGGCGGCUGCUGUACUGGCGGCUGGCGCGGCUGCUGCGCCAGAACGCGCAGGAGCGGCGCGUGAGGGCGGCGGCGCGCGCGGCCGGACGCAUGGACCAGGGCGCGGCCGCCGCCACGCUGCGGCGCUGGUUCACCGAGGACCGCGGGGAGACGCAGUCCCACCAGUGGGAGAACGACAACGAGGCGGUGUGCCGCUGGCUGGAGGAGCAGGCGGGCCACGAGGACUCGGUGCUGGAGAGGAAUCUACGCGCCAUCAAGCAGGACGCCGUGCUGCAGGCCUGCAACGACCUCGUCAUGGAGCUCACGCCGUCACAGCGUGCGGAAUUUAUACGGAACCUCACAGCCUUAGAAAUGGAACAG